AUGAUGAAGGAAAGCCAGGUCCUUGCCAAAAUGGUGGAGUUUGCCGAAAAUCUCGCUGCUCUUGUACAGACAACUACCAUGGUUAGUAAGAAUAAAUUCAAAAUUAUUUCUAUUUUGGAAAGCUUUUUUGGUGGUGAACGCUUCAGCGGAGUAGAGUUUGAGGAUCCUGUCGUUUACAACAUCACUUCUCGAUCAUGGACUACCAUCGCUGUGGAGGGGCACUUACAGCCGGCUGCCAGAUUCGAUCACACUCUAGUUCGCUACAAAAUGAGACUAUACAUGUUUGGUGGUGUCAUCGACCGAAGAAAUAUAACUAGCGAGUUAUGGAGCUUCGAUCUUCACACCAGAGAAUGGAGAAAGGAGGGUAGCGACAAUACUGACUUGAUGGUAGCCCCACUAUCUGUUGCUGGACAUACUGCUCAUGUUAUUGGCUCUGAAAUGUACAUCUUCUUU